ACGAAAAGAGAAAAAAGAAAAAAACGCAUAAACACAAACCGACCAAUUGAAAUGUUUCGGUGAGGAGGAGAGGACGUCGGCGAUGACGUACGCCGCCGUGCUCCAUCGUCUCUAUCAUUCUCCCUCUCCCCUGACCCUGGUGGCUAGUCCUCCUCCUCUCUCACCACCACCACCACCAACCACCACCCCGCGCUCCCGCUGCUCCUGCUCCAAGGGAGUGGAGAUGGCGGCGGUCAAGGCCAUCAGGGUGCACGAGCUUGGCGGCCCCGAGGUGAUGAGAUGGGAGCAAGUGGAGGUCGGCGAGCCCAAGGAUGGCGAGAUCCGGAUCAAGAACACCGCCAUCGGCGUCAACUUCAUCGACGUCUACUUCCGCGAGGGGGUCUACUCCGCUCCCCUGCCCUUCGUCCCUGGGAUGGAGGCUGUUGGCGUGGUGACUGCGGUAGGGCCUGGGCUCACUGGCAGGAAGGUUGGGGACGUCGUUGCGUAUGCCGGCACCCCCAUGGGUUCUUACGCUCAAGAGCAGAUUAUUCCAGCCAGCGUCGCUGUUCCCCUUCCUCCUUCAAUCGAUCACAACACGGCAGCCGCUAUACUGCUCAAGGGCAUGACUGCUCACGUUUUACUUCGCCGUGUUGUCAAGGUCUUCUCUCCUUUCAUUUCCCUCACUACUCCAGACGGGAGUUGUACUUAUGAUCAUGUCCAGAGUGGCGAUUGGGUUCUGGUCCACGCUGCUGCUGGUGGAGUUGGGUCACUCCUUUGUCAAUGGGCAAAUGCCCUUGGUGCCACUGUCAUCGGGACUGUUUCGAAUGAAGAGAAGGCUGCACAGGCAGCUCAAGAUGGAUGCCAACAUGUCAUCAUUUACACAAAGGAAGAUGUUGUAACAAGAGUCAAGGAGUUUACAGCUGGGAAAGGUGUGAAUGUGGUCUAUGAUUCUGUUGGGAAGGAUACGUACAAGGCUUCGGUGGAAUGCUUGGCGACCCGUGGUAUGCUGGUGUCGUUUGGGCAGUCGUCAGGUAAGCCUGACCCCAUUCCGCUGAGCGAUCUGGCAGCCAAAUCGCUGUUCCUGACGAGGCCCAGCAUGCUGCAUUACACGGCUACUCGCGAGGAGUUGCUGGAAUCGGCUGGCGAGGUGUUCGCCAACGUUGGAAGCGGGGUGUUGCGCAUCCGUGUGAACCACACGUAUCCAUUGUCUCAGGCUGCUCGCGCUCAUGCUGAUCUCCAGGACAGGAAGACCUCCGGCUCCAUUUUGCUCAUCCCAGAUGACUCUUAACUACUAUAGUACUCCACUCCAGUAUCAGUAGCACUAGGCUUCUCCUCUGCUUCUUCAUGUUGCAUCAUUCGGAAACUCGAUAUGCGUCUGCGUUUUAUGUCCUCUCUUUUUCAUCUUGUUGGCUGCCCAACAGGCUUAAUAAGCAAACUGGUACUACUAGUAUAUAUAUAUAGUAUAAACUGAAUAAAGGCACCGUCUGCCUUUCCUUGUUAUAUACUCUCUUACUAAGUACUACAGUAGAUAGUCCUUUCCGUUUUUCAAUAAUU